CCCAUUGCAUAUGCUAUAGUUUCACCCUCUCACAUUCUAAAAUUCUUGCUUCAGUGAGAACUAAUCAUGGAAGAUGCACUGCGCCGUCUCAACGGAAUGACCCCCAUUCAAGAACCCGACGCCGUCGCCGACCACCCGCACCCCAAGAAGUCCGCCGCCAAGCGCACUGUGCGCGAGGCUCCCACCUCCGGCACUGCCAUGCGCUACCGCGGCGUCCGACGCCGCCCCUGGGGCCGCUACGCCGCCGAGAUUCGCGACCCGCAGUCGAAGGAGCGCCGCUGGCUGGGCACCUUCGACACGGCAGAGGAGGCCGCCUGCGCCUACGACUGCGCCGCCCGUGCCAUGCGCGGCGUCAAGGCCCGCACCAACUUCGUGUACCCCGACGCUCCAGACCCUCACCUCUUCCAACCCUACAAUGUUCCUAAGCACUGCCACGUCACCAGGUUCGUCCCGAACCACAGCCUCGGAGGUGCCGACUUCUCAUCAUCAUCAUCCUCCACUCAUCACAAUCACAACCCUUCUUCUCUCAACAUGCUUCUCUUUCGUGACUUCCUCAACUCUUCUUCUUCUCAGCAUUUUCAUAGUAAGACUGCGCUUGCGCCUGCUAGUAGCUAUGUAAACUCUUCUUCGUUACCUUCUCCAACGGGUAACUAUGCUAAUAACAUUGCUGGUAACUCCGGUGUUGUUAGCUUCAAUCACGCAACAGAAGUUGCUGAGUCUAUUGAUGAAGACUUGGGGUUGGGUUUUUUCCCGCGAGAGUCUUCUGAUUCUGGGUUAUUGGAAGAGAUAGUCCAUAAGUUCUUGCCAAAAACCAAGCCCAAUAAGACUGGUGAAACUUCGCUGAGACAUGAGACUUUGUCCAUUUCUGAACCAUUUCCUCAAACUGUGUCUGAUUACGUGGCUGUUUCUGCUACUAAGGGUUAUGGUGAUGCCAAAAUGAGGUUUCCUAAAAUCGAUGGUUUUGGUGUGUCUUAUGAUUCUCCCAUGCAGCAAUUUGAUACCCUUAAUGGGUUUAACCCCGUGCAGGGUGUGACUAUUGAGAGAGACAACAACAGCAACAACUACCAGUAUAUGAUGAAUCAUUUCCCAGGAUGUUCCAACUUGGAAGACAUUCUUCAGUAUCCAGAACUUUUUAAUUCCUUUGCAGCCAGGAUGCAGAAUGCUUAAUUUAUGUCUUGUGUGUAGUUGAAUUAGCUUUAGGAGAGAUAAAAAAAAGUAAAACGUAUCAUGCAUGGAUGGUUUAAGGUUCUUUUGUUUUUAAUUUAUGUUAAUUUAGAUCUUUAGCUUGCGUUAAUUUGGUCUCUUUCGAUGACUUGGAAUGUUGUUCUUAGGGUUUUAUGAUUGGUAGGAGGUUUAACUAGGUUUAUGUGUUCAAACUCUGUAUUAUGGCCCCUACUAUGGGUUGGUAAGUAAUUGAAAUUAUCGAUAAUACUGAAAUUGUUGA